ACAAUAAUAAUAAUAAUGCGAGAAAAAUAAAUAUAUAGUAGUAGUAUUAUAGUACAAAGAAGUCAAGGUCGUCAACACGACGUACCGCGUAAUAUUAUUAUUAGAUAGCAGUGGCGGCGGCGGCGAGUGGCGACGGCAGUCGGCAUUUUGGCGGCUUGGCGGUCAUUUUUAUCGCUUUAUAGUAUUAGUUUGUACGGUAGUGUGCGUACGUGAGUGCGAGUGUGUGCGCGCGUGUGUGUGUGUGUGUGUGCGUUAGUGUUAGCGUUUCUAUGUGCGCGCGCGCCGCGAGUAAACAAAAACAACUCAAUAAAUAAUUAACGUUCAACGGACCAGCAAGUGUUUCGACUUUUGACUUUCAAGAGUGUGUUGCGCGCAGAGACGAUCUGUGCGCCUUUUAUUUUAUUUUUUUUUUUUUUUUGCCGUCUUCAUUCGACACCCCUCUUCCGCAUUCGUGCGGCGUUCCAAUUGUUACGGCUAAUAUACCUUGGUCGUAUUCCAUUGUCGUCAAUAAUCGUCAAUUUCUUAACGAUCGUCGGUAGACUACGUCUCUGACCGCGGACGAAUUGCUGUACGAACUAUCCUGGCCGGAAAUCCUCGUUCGUUAUUAUUAGUAAUCCGAAGGUCGGCGUCGGCGAAAGUUGCGUGCCGUCGGGUUCCUGGACAGGGACUCUGUUCGUCCGUAUUGGGCCCUAGUACGGUCGGCAUUGAAAUGGAACAUUCGACUACACACCCGCAUUUUAGCAAUUGCUGUACACAACGAAAACCGUGCUGUUUGUACAGGCGGCGGACAUAAACAGUAUUGACAUUGUUGUACUCUUGUUGUAUCCACCAUGAAACUCUUGGAGAGCUCGCAAUUGGUCGAGUUGUCGAGAGCACUUUGUGUAGACCGAGGAGAUGUUAAAGUUGUUGCCAGGAUUGAAAGCUAUUCGUGCAAAAUGGUAGGUGAUGAAAAACACAAGUAUAAAAAGUUUUACUCUCAGAGUGGCACACAGCCAGGUGACCUCGAAGCACUGGGCUGCUCACCCAACAGUGAUCCACGAUAUGGGAGAAGUCUUAGCGUAUCAGGAGAUGAAGAAGUCUUGUUAUGUGAUACAAUAUCACGCAAAUCUUUAUUUUACUUGAUUGCAACACUUAAUGCCACAUUUGCACCUGACUACGAUUUUACAGAUGCCAAGUCGUCAGAAUUUAGUAGAGAACGUAGUUUGCAGUGGGUCAUGAGAGAUGUGGAUAAUAACUUAUCAGCAGUCAUUGUGGAACCUAACACAGGAACAUCAUGUGUUGCAUCUAAUCAAACUAUUAUGAAUCACCUACAAAGUAAUACAGUUCCAAAAAACUACUCACAGUUACGAGAUACACUCUGGGAAGUAAUUGACAAAGAAAUUGGCAUGUCACAAUGUGAUAUUUACAGCUAUACACCUGACAUGCGAUCUGAUCCAUUUAGUGAAGAUGGAUGCCUGUGGUCGUUCAACUAUUUCUUUUACAACAAAAGAUUAAAAAGAAUUUUAUUUUUUACUUGCCGUCGCAUUAUUAGUUCUUCUUAUCCCAUGGACUUUGAUGGAUCAAUAGGAACUGGAUCAGACUCUAUGUUCUUGUCUGAUUAUUAUGAUGAUGGAAGUGUUGAUAGCAAUAGUAGGCAUCGCAGAGAACGAAGUCCUUUAGACAAUAGUCGCCGUCGAAGUGGAAAUAGUAGUUUCUAAAUAACAAAAUUAAAAGGAAAAAUAGUCUUAAAUAUAUUUUAACUUGUUGUCUCUCUCUUUUUUUUUUAUGCUUU